CAUGCGCGUGCGCAGCCCGCUUCUAGUUACAGUCGCGGUGAUAUUGUGAAAGAAAAUAUUCAGAUAAAAAUUAUUAUUUGGUUUAUAAUUAAGUGUUUUUAGAAUGAUAGACAAAGGAGCAUGUCGUAUUUGUCUUACGCAGACAGAACACAAGUGUUCUGGAUGUCAAGAGGUCCACUACUGCACACGAGAACACCAGAAGCAGGACUGGAAGCGGCACAGGACCCAGUGCGUGCCAGCCAGGGUCAGGGAGGAUGACACAUUGGGGAGAUACCUGGAGGCGACCAGGGAGAUCAAGGCUGGCGACAUCGUGAUGAAGGAGAAGCCUUUGAUCACUGGACCAGCACAGGUGACGCCACCAGUAUGUCUCGGCUGCUACAGACUUCUGGAGGAAGGCAUGACAGUGGACUGCGUCAAGUGCGGCUGGCCGUGCUGUUCAGAAGCCUGCACUUUGAAGGAGGAACACAAACCGGAAUGCUUCUAUACACAGCAGAGAGGAGAUAAGGUGUCAAUAACCACCUUCGGCAUGCCGCAUCCCAACUACCAGUGCAUCACGACCCUGCGCUGUCUCUACCAGAGAGACCACAAUCAGAAACUGUGGGGGAAACUUCAGUCCCUUCAGUCUCACUGCGACGAGAGACGGGGGACUGACAAGUGGAACAACGACAGAAAGAUGAUCGCCGAGUUUAUAUGGAAGUUCUUCAAGCUGGAGGGCAAGUUUACGGAAGAUGAGAUUAUGAAGUGCUGCGGUGUUUUACAGAUAAAUGGCCACGAAGUACCUCUUCUGGAGCCGGAGUACCUGGCCGUGUUCGACCGGCUGUCCAUGGUGGAACACAAUUGCCGAGCUAACUGCAAUAAGAGCUUCACAUCCGAUGGUCAAAUCAUCCUGUGCGCAGGAGUAAACAUUCCCUCGGGAUCUCACAUCACAGUCUGCUACACUGACCCGCUGUGGGGCACCGAAGCUCGCCGUCACCACCUGGCAGACUCCAAGUUCUUCGAGUGCCGCUGCCAGCGCUGCUCUGACACCACUGAAUUUGGCACCAACUACAGCGCUGUUAAAUGCAAAAAGAAAGACUGCAAAGGCUACCUCCUGCCCCAAACGUUCAUAGUUCCAAUCCUGCACAAGACCAUCAACCCUGAUCCGGAGAAGCGCAACCUGGACGAAAAGGAAUGGGUGUGCGGGAGCUGCAAGGACGUGGUGUCGGACGCCAUCAUUCAGCAGCUUCUACAGGACAUUGGGAAGGAGUUGAGCGCUAUGCCUAAGGGAGACGCCGAUGCUUGUGAAAGAUUCAUCGAGCACUGCAGUAGCUAUCUUCACCCACAACAUUACUACAUGACGGACGUGAGCCUGGCGCUGGCGCAGAUGAUCGGCCAGGAGACUGAACUAGGAUUGGCUAAGGUGACGGAUGACAGACUGAUGCUGAAGACCCAGCUUUGCAGGAAGAUCGCAGACUUGCUAGAGACAUUAGCCCCUGCUGAGACCCGAGUGCGGGGCUCCCUUCUGUUUGAGUUACAUGCAGCAAUCGCAGAAACUGGUCGCCGACGCUCCCUCGAAGAGGGACCCGCGGCUUUGCUGGGAUAUGUCAUGGAGUCCCGCAAGAUCCUGCUGGAGUCAGCCAGCUUACUGCGUCAUGAGCCUCCCGAGCUGCCCGAGGGUCGUCUGUCGCAGCAGGCCAGAGUCAACCUGCAGCAGAUGGAGGAACUCAUCAGGAAUCUCUCAAAAGCCCUGCCAUCCCCAUUGUAGAUAACAUUCUUUGAAGACUUU